AUGAUCCGAAUGAGCGAAUUUGAAUGUAACCAAUCGUCAUCAUCAUCGAAACAAUUAUCACCUUUUAUUCAUCAAGUUGGCGGUCAUUCGUCGAUGUUUCAAUAUGAUAAAAAUACUAUUUGUAAAAUACUUGCACCAUCUGAAUUAGAUUUUUAUCAAUCAAUGCCUGAAUCAUUAAAAAACUACACAUCGAAAUUUCGAGGCAUUGUAACAGUUCAAUAUUGUGAAGAUGAAUCAGGCUUGAUAAAACUUGUGGCUCAACGACAAAAAAACUCAUUCGAUGACGAUUCACUACCCGAUGAACAAGAUGUGCCUUCAUCAAAUGAUCCACAAUCAUCUGAUAGUAUGGCACGAAAAAAUGUACAAUUACGCUGCUCAAAAGAUGGAUCUAUUGAUUAUUCCAAUAGUUUAGGUAUUGAUAUUGCUAAUUAUGAACAAGGAAAAACUACCAUGUCAGCAAUUAAUCCUUGGAGUUUACAAUUGUGCAAAAAACAAGCUGAAAAAUUACAUAGUCAGUUAGUUGGCGACGAAAAUGUUUCUGUUUCACAGAAAUAUAUACUAUUAGAAAAUGUGACAGCACGAUUUCAUAAUCCCUGCAUACUUGAUUUGAAAAUGGGUAAAAGACAAUAUGCUGAUGUUGAUUCUGAUAAAAAGCGGCAAUCAAAAAUAAAAAAAUGUGAAUCCUCCACAUCAUCAACAUUAGGUGUUCGUUUAUGUGGCAUGCAAGUCUAUCAAAUUGAUAGUCGUCGAUAUAAAUUUACAGAUAAAUAUCGAGGACGUGUGUUGAAUACUGAAGAAUUUUGUUCGUCAUUAGUUCAAUAUUUUGAUAAUGGUAGCACACAACGUUUUGAUGUUAUAUCUGGAAUUAUUGAACAAUUAGAAGCAUUACAUGGAAUAAUUAGUUCCUUAGUUAAAUAUCGUUUUUAUGGUGGAAGUCUUUUAAUUGUUUAUGAUGGUUGUGUUAAUUCAAAAUGUAUUGAUGUGCGUAUGAUUGAUUUCGCUCAUACAAUAUCUGCUAAAACAAACAAUGAUGAAUCAUCAAUGUGUCAUAGUGGUCCAGAUGAAGGUUAUCUACAUGGACUUGAAAGCUUAAUACGAAUUUUUCGAGACAUAUUCAACAAUGACGGUAAAAAUACAGUAGGAAUUGAACCUGAAAACUAA